GCUGCCGCCCCAGUUACCGUGCAGUUCCUUGCAGUCUCCGCAUCCCAGGGCUCCUUUGGCCCCAGGCGGCUAAGCUCCCCUGCUCAGCUGCCUUCUGCCCUGGCCUCGGUUCUUCAGGACUGAAAAGCCCUUGCUCUGUUUCACCCCAAGGCGGGGGUUUGAGGAGCUGAAGAGUUGUGAAUUUGGAAUAAACUAAGGAAACUCCCAGCCAAACAGUCACUGUGCUGGGUAUAAUGCAGAGAUACCAUCAUAAGGUUGUCUGAAUGAAUGGUCAUACAGAAGCCAGAGUUUGCACACUUUUCAAUGGAAACAAAACCAGUUAUCAGAAGAUAUGAAACAAGGAGGAAUACAAGAAUAGAAGAACCAGCAUCCAAAUCUCGGGUUGAUUGGAGGCGGACUAAAAGAGAGACCAUAUUGCUUGAUAGUGAUGAAGAACUCACAUCUGCUUCAGAAGAUGAACGACUCUCCUCUACAUCAGAAGACGAAGUGGCUGAAAAACAAGAAACUGUAGUUAAGAGGUAUAAUCUUUCAGAUCAUGAGGAGAAAGGCCAUGAUGACACAGUCGUAGAGGAUGUGGAGGAUGACUGCAUCACUCCAGGGAAGCGUAAGAGGUCGAGCACAUCUGUAAUGUAUGACAGUGACAGGAGUGAUGAUAGUGACAUCCCUGUUAGAAAAGUAUUUGCUAAACGUUAUUGUAUAAUGGAUGAAGAUGAGUGUUCUCAAGAACAGGAGCAAUAUAAAACCCCUACUACAGAAGAAGAUUUGACUAAUGGGAAACAGAAGCGGCUAAUAAAACUGAAAGAACUCGCAAGACAAAGAUCAACCCGGGCAUCCGGUAAUAGUAAAUAUUGUGGGGAUUCUGAUGAUGAUGAUGCGGAAAUAAUAGAAGAAUCAUCCUAUCCUUUACCCCUCACACCAACAGCAAGCAGUGACAUUGAUGAUGAUGAUAGUAUGAAAGACUUUAUAGUUGAGGAUGAAGAAGAAUGUGCAGAACAUUCUGAGGAUGAAAACCAACCACAAGGGAAAGAACUUGAUACAUCAAAAUUCCAAUUACUGGAAUAUUACAUUCCACGCUUCUCUCGCUGUGACCAUUAUGUCCACUUCCAAAGAGUUGUAAAAGCUUUCCUCAUCAACACAAUUGAUGACACUUUUUUGAGCUCAUUAUAUGAUGGAACAAGGCGAAAGAGAUAUGCACAAGAAAUGGUAACCUCACUCCAUUAUUUGGAUGAUCGCUUUAUUCAACCUCGUCUUGAAAACUUAAUCUCUAGAAGUCGCUGGAAAGAACGAUAUAAGGAGCGAGUGGAUUGUUACCCUGAAGUCCGCAUAGUAAUGAAGACUCCAAUAAAUAGAUCCUGUCAAGCUUGUGAACUGCAUCGGUACUGUAAGUUUGCUGUGUUGCUGUCAGGAAAGCUGUACAACUAUAGAACUUUGGAAACAGAUGACUUUAUGUCGCAUGACAAACAGGUUUUGAAGGUUGGCAGCGUGUGUGCAAAUCGUACAAGGGUUUAUCAUAAUCUGAAACAUUUUAAAUUCAAGUUGUAUCAGCGCUGCUGUUCAGUUACAGAGGUGGAGGGCAUUCAGGAUGAGCCAGUCAAAGACACAGUCGACAGGCUUUUCAGUCAAUUGGAAGAGAGUGGCUGGAUUCAGGAGAGAUAUGAUUAUCUGGAAGAAUAUAUGAAUGAUGCAGAUUACUUCCAAGAAGAGAAAAUGGACUGAGUGGUCAUGCAUCUCUUUGAAAGAAGCUUUGUAAAAAUCUCUAACUAGCUAUGGUAUCCACCUGUCCACAAAAAUAUCUCCAAAGGCUUUUCAAGAUGUUUUCUUAUGCUGCAUUGUAUUUAAAUCUUCAGCUGUGCCUGUAAAUUGCCAUACAUAUAAAAAGAAAAAGCAGCAUAUUCUUUUAUACCCCUUAAUUUUAAAUGUCAAAAUAGUGAUUUAAAGAUGUUUUAUGAAGUAAGCAACCUUCUGUUAUGCAUAGGUCACUUGAACUUUCCUUUGUGGUUAAAAAGACUAGUGUCCAAGUACCUAUGUAUUCAUGAAAUAAAACUUCUGUAUAUUGAUGCCCGGCUCAAUGCAGAGAUGUGAGAGAUGGUAAGCCCCAAUUAACCCUUUUGGGAGUAGCAAUACUUCAAUAGAAAGUAUAAAUUACAUCCCAUCACAUCCCUGUAAACUUGAAAUAUGAGCAUUAACCAGUUAGCAUGGUUAUAGUGAGAAUGAAACAUAACCAGACACAUUCAUUCAUUAAUCCAGUAUCAAAACCACCUUCAUUUCUCAUCCCUGGACACCUAGAAUACUGCAAUUUGCAUAUGGCCAUAGCGGCUGAUGUGAAAGAUGUCUAUAUGUAGUACAGACGGCACAAUAGCUACUGCCAUGUACUGGAAGAUAGGUGGAUAAUUCCUGCAAAACUUACUAAUAACAGUAAUCGCCUGGCUGACAGGUGGGAAGGUGUGCAAAACCUUGUUUGUGUUAUGUGUGGUGGGGAGUCAUACCUCUCUGGGACAUAUAAAGCCCUAACCCAACUUUCUGUCUCCUGGGUCUUCAGAGAUGUAGGAGGAGUUUAGUGAUGUGUACAUUAACCCCUUGGCCCACUUGCUGCACAUAAAAGAAAGCAGGCAGUUGGAGUUGGGGAGCAGAGAGCCUAGUGACCAGGGGAAAAGUAAAUGCUGCUCUUUUUUGCUUGAGUUGUGGAAGAGGAUAACUACUUCAAACUCUUCUUGCCUCCUGGGAAAAUGAAGGACGGUUUUUGUUGUUGAGUCAUUUGUUUAAACCCUACAUAGGAGCAGAUAUUAAAGUGAAUGUUAUUCUUGGGGUGUAGUCUGAUCAUACCUAUGACGAGAACCUACUGUCUAACAGUGCUGUGUAUUCAGUAUUAUAAUACUCCUGUAGUCAUGCAUGCUUGUCACCCUGGGAAUGGUGGUUUUAUUGCUGAGCAUGUUGCAAGGAUAGUCUGAGGUUAAAAUUAUUUUUUUUAAAUCAACACAGUAAAAUGAAUCCAUAUUAAGUACAUGAUCUACUCACAGGCAGUAUCCCAGCAUCCAUAGACUUCAAUUACAUAGAUCCCAGUGUGUCUUCACGCUACUAACUGCAUAUUGUCAGAAUAAAAUGUGUAUGCCAAAUCUGUCAAUACAUUAAUCACC